AUUUGUUUCAAAUCCCGCCAAUUCAGCCUCACAUCCAAUCCGUCUCUUGGGGGGGCUUCAGUCCCAUCUUCUUCCCCAAUUCUCAAGCCCCUCCUCCAAAGACCUCGUUCCAGCAGCUGGCCCAUCUAUGGCUGCAAAAUCGCCUGCAAUUGGCAUGACGCGAGCCUCGUUGGAAAGCUUGUUUCGAUGCUAUCGAGACGCUUUACCGACGGCGGUUCGAAGCCUAGUGGCGCCGCCCGGUGAAGCCCAGCAGCAAGUUGUGGCCACACCGCAUCGCGCCGUAGCUUUUGAGUUUUGUCGCAGCCGCUGCCAAAGGCCUGAGCUUCCAGCGAAGCAUGGCGCCUAGGAAUUUGGGCGAGGGAAAAAGCAAAAGGGAAAACCCAAGAAUCUUUGCACACACAUCCCUCGAUCCACCAUCACGCAUUCAUCUUCGCCCCAGCUCGCUUUUUGCUCUCAUUGGCCAUUGAAGCUAACCCGCCUCGUUUUUCCUCUCUCCAGGCGCCAAGUCCCCACGAGCCGGCUUCUCUUUUUUGAGUUUGCAAAAGCCUCGAGGAGAUCAUGCCGCGACGGCUUGCAAAUCCCUUCUCCUCCAGCCAGUCUGCCAU